ACUGUCAACAUUUAUUUGCAAGUUCGCUGGAAUUGUUUACAAACAAGUCGGCGAUUGACAACCAUUCGUUCAACAUGGAGUCGCGAGUGUCCCUAAAUGAUGAAAAUCUGAGGAAGGAACUGCGUUUGGUGGAAUAUCCCGGCAUAGUGAAAAACGAUGACAACAUGCUGGCGACACUGGGUGGCAUUGGCAGGAUUUCACAAACAUUCUGCGAGCAAGUUCGUCGUAUGGAAUUGAUUUUUCAUCCGGAAAAUCGCUACUGCAAGCCGGCGUACGGAGACACGCAUAAAAUCGCCGGAAUCCUCAUUAAAGUUAAAGUGAAGAAGCCGCGAAAUGGUUCAGUGGAGGCGAAAGAACCACCGACUCACGUUGUGGAGAUUCUGGGACAUUGCAAAAAGUCGAUCAAAUUCACGUCUAUGUGUGAUUUCCAAUACCUCCCGAUCGUCCGUAAUCCGCAAACAAACCAUUUCGAGUACAUCUACGACCGAAUCAUGCCGCAAGGACUGCCACCAGUCGAUUGGCUCAAGGAUCCCGAGCAGCCGCUACUUCUCGUCCCAUCGGUGUUUGCUCGCUGCGAUAAUAUGCAGACCAACACCUUCCGAUAUGAUCACAGCAAAGCCAAAGACGACGGCGACGUUAUCGGCGUAGUCAGGAGCCGUCCCGCUGAUCUGAAGACGUUAUGCGACUUCUCAUUGGUCGACCCAAUUCCAACCAAGGGGAAUCCCGUCGUCUACAAGGUGAUGAUGGCGAAAUUAGUGAAUGAUCAACAGUUUGAGACCGUGAAAAAGCUCUUCGAGGAAUGCCCGAUUUGGAACAAAGUCUCGCUCAUCUACGAGGCGAACGUCUCCUCGGAUAAGUUGAAAUGCAUCAUCCCCGCAGUUUGCUACCACUACAGAACUGGGCCUUGGCGGACGAUGUACGUUCGGUUCGGCUACGAUCCACGGAAGCAUUUUGAAGCUCGCUACUAUCAGACAUUUGACUACCGUAUAAGGUUUGGAGCCAAACUUGGUGCUCAUAUCAAAACGAAACGGUCGACAAACAAUCCCAGACUUUGUCAACGCAACGCGCCACAGGAUCGCGAUGAAGGACUCAUCCAAGAUAUGAAUUAUCCUUACUUGGAAGAUGGACGGUUGCCCCGAGGUCGCCAAUCCUUUUACAGAUACAGCGACGUUCGACUACCCAAAGUCCAGGAGAUGCUUGACAAAAUUCCCACACCACUAUCCGGAGCAACUUGUAACGAGAAGACGGGUUGGCUUCCUCCAAAUUUUUCAGAUGAGGUUCGUGCAAUUGUUCACUCGUCGGUGAAACAGUCGAUACAGGCGUGGCGGAAGGAGUCGGGAUUGGACGGAGAAGGGGAUUAUGAAGAUGAUUUCGAAGAGGACGAGGAUAUCGAAGAUGAUGAACAAGAUGGAGAUGAGGACAAUGAUGAGCUUGACGAAGAAGAUUUUGCUGAUGAUAAAAUGGAUACGAGUUAAUAAAUGUUUAUCGGUAAAUAA